AUAGAAGAGAGAGAACAAGAGAUAGAGAUAAGCAGAGAAGAGAAGAUCAGAGCAAGAGAAUAGAAGAGAGAAACAGAGAAGAUAGGAGAGAGAGAAAGAAGAUAGAAGAAGAGAAGAAAGAAGAAGCAGAAGAGAGAAGGAGAGAAGAAGAGAAGAAGAAGAGUGAAGGAAGGAAGAAAGCAGAAGAGGAGAUAAGACAGAGAGAAGAAGAUAGAAAGAGAUAGAAG